ACAAAACCAAACAGGUACAGUUUGCCCUUAUUCUUCAAAGCUGAAAAUAUGCCAGCUGUCUUCCGUUCACUCCUCGUUAACCGGUGAACAAGAAGUAUGGUAACCAAUCCUGUCAGAUAUCUCCUGUUCAUUGUUCUCUGUGUGGCAGAUCAAUCAUGGUCCUGUCACAAUGGCCGUACAUAUACGAGGGACACAUCCCUAUAGCUUUAUCUAUCGAACUCAACAAUGCCUUUCGUGGUGGGAAACCUAUCAGAUAAUCCGUGGUAUAACCUAGCAGAGAAGACGGCUGCGAACCCCACCUUGGAUCCAAUAUUCACUAAACCCGUAACUCCUCGUGCCUUCUCUUGCUUCUGGAAUGACCCCAUCGUCGAAUACGUUGAAGCAGGCAUAGGACUUCGCGCAACCAAACUCCCAGACGGGUGGAAGAAAUACGUCCAUUUCCAUGGAAGCAUCUAUUUCUACAACCCCGAUUUACGCCUACUCACAACUGGCGAUAUCACGAAGGAGACCAUACGGGAGGAAAUCGAGUCAGUGAGAGACGAUAUGGUCGCUUUGGAUAGUGAAGAUGGAUACUGGAACUCCCUUGGGUUAUCCAACGCGGAUGUGGUGUCGUUGUAUUUCAAUGAAGAAGAACCAAUAUCGGGAGAAUGGGUGAUCUUCAAUAAAGGCGAACAGAUAGAUACUGGAGAGAAGUGUGCCGAACGCAUGGUUCUGUCUGCGACGUUUUGGAGGAGAGUGGAAGAGUUCCCGAUGCACCUUGACUAUAUCAUACCCUUCGGACCUGCUGCCUUCAAGAGCGCUUUGGCUUGCGCUGCCAAUGAAGCCAUCCUUGACGAAACUCCAACGCUCUUUCCUUUCACGGAUGCACAGAUUGAGCGACUAAUGGAGAUGUAUGAGUGUCUUCAUCAUGCUGCUCGAACUAAUUCCUCCGCCAUUCCCGUCUUCAACUGGUUCCUCGGGCGCACGCUCGAUACCAUCGAGGGAAGACGCCAAGUGCAUGCUCGCCUUCAUCCCAGCAACCCUGCAUACCCAGGUUUCGACUUGAAGAUACCUGCGCCUGUAUGCAAGAGGACUUGGCAGUUCAAUGUGAUCGAGGCAUGCUUGACGUGUAUUUUGUUUGGGUCUCAGGGCAGGUACUGGAAACAGCUGCAGCAAGUGAGGCCAAGUGAUAGAGCAGAGAAUAUGACCAUGUUUCGUGCCAUGCUAUCCGAGUUUUUGGCUGAAUGGGCUGAUUCCAACCUACUGGCGACUGUCCUUGUUGGAUCGAACGUCGCAUUCAUUGCAAUUCCUGAUAUAACAAAUGUACAAAGGACGGCAAGUCUAGCCUCGGCGAUGUUCGCACUCCUGAGCAUAGGCUCUGGCCUGUACCAUACUUGGCACCAUCGUAUUAAGAUUAAUACUGACCUAGAUGAUGCGUACAAGUACCUGAACCACGCUAGGAACAUCAGCAUGUUCCAUAUCAAGCCCAAAGAAGACGUUUCCGAUCUGUUAAUCAUAGCAGCAUUCCUUUCCGUGCCUACCGCUGCUUUGUCAUGGGGUAUUCUAUUUUUCGCGAUCGCACUUUUCGCGUUCUGCAUUCAGAACACCGAAUGGAAAGGGAGGGUACUCAUCCUGGUAAUACUUGUCAUCAUUCUAGCAGUACUAUCACUUGUCGGUGCGGUUUCCUGGAGGAUCUGGGUAAAGCCAAUGAGGUUUGGCCGUAGGCUGGGGCGACGGAUCUGGAGAAGAGUGGUUGGGAUGAUCGAAGCUCUCCGUGCAUUGCUCGAUCAUCAUAAGGCGGACCUGGAAACUGGUAACGCGUAGCAUUUUAAAUCUUCGCUGCAUGUCCCGCUUGCAAUAAACUCGCAUGAACGAUGCAUAUGGACUUGCUUUUGAAUAACCGUUGCUUUAGACGUCGUGGAAAUAUUGACGGUGUUCAUGUGCGCUUAAGCUGCGCGUCUUUUCACUCUUC